AUGCACUGCAACUGCUUCUCAGAAGGCAUCCUUGCUGCUGCCCCUGUCAACUACUGGAUCUCAGGUCUGGCCUUCCCAGAUUGGGCCUACAAAGCCGAGUCUUCGCCAGGCUCCCGGCAGAUCCAGCUGUGGCACUUCAUCCUGGAAUUGCUGCAGAAGGAAGAGUUCCGCCAUGUCAUCGCCUGGCAGCAGGGAGAGUAUGGGGAGUUUGUCAUCAAGGAUCCAGAUGAAGUGGCUCGCCUCUGGGGCCGCAGGAAGUGCAAACCACAGAUGAACUAUGACAAGCUGAGCCGGGCCCUCAGGUAUUACUACAACAAGAGGAUCCUGCACAAGACCAAAGGCAAGAGGUUUACCUACAAGUUCAACUUCAGCAAGCUCAUUGUAGCCAACUGUCCUCCGUGGAAAGUGUGGGCACCCUCCACCCCUCACCUGCUUUUGAGGCCCCCUGCCCUGUGUCAGCCCGUGGUGCCCGUGGUGCCCGUGGCUGAGCAGAGUGAGCCCCUGCAUAGCAUGCUGUACACACGGGCCACAGAAACUCAGCCAGCUGGAGAAAGGACCCCAUGGAGGCCACCAGAGGCCUCCGGGGACAAGGAGAGCAGCAGCUUCAACUGUUUUGGCUCCGUCCUGGGCCCAGGCUGGCAGAGGCCUUGCUGCUGUUUCUGGAACCUCCCAGGUGAUCUGUCCAACUUUGCUUCCUUUGCUUCUGUGCCCUGCCUCUGCUGUAACUGGACCCACCUCUCAGUACCCACCUUGUCUUCUCUUCCCUCAGAGCAGCCACUUCCGGGGUCCUCAAAGCCUGGUCCUUGGCUCCCAGGCCCCAUGUGUAUGCCAGGUGCCUGGCAUUUUCCAGGGCUCCACCUUCUGGCCAGACUGAGACAGGGCACUAGCGAGGGGCUUCGAUGCCAAUUUCUCAGGCCCGAGGAAUCGGUGAUAAAUCCUGACCCAGGGCUAAGCAGGCACCUGGAUUCCAAUGAGGGACUCUCCUCAGAGCAUCGGGGACUCGAACUUAAGAAAGGAAUCCCCAUGUCCCCCAAUCCAGAGAACAUGAGAGCCAAGUGGCCUUCGGAUCCCCCUUAA